AUGGCCUGCCCCAUCACGGUCUCCAAGUUCGUCGGCACCGUGUCGCUUGGCCUACUGACUGGUCUCUCUUACUCCACUGCGAGUAUCACCAUUCCCGCCCUCCAACUCCUACCCAAAUCCAGCACCGCUGCCCGCUGCCUCAAUGAAGUCAAGCGCCUCAGUCGCAAGCAGGCCUUGCGAUUCUCCAGUCUGGCCAACACGUGUCUUCUAUUCGCAUACUUUGUAUCACCACCCCGCCGACAGCACCCGUUCCUGAUCUGGAUGUGCGUCGUGUCUACCGCUGGCGCCUACGGUGUGGAUAUUUUUGCCAACCGUCACCUCGGCCUGAAGAACUGGUUUUACAGUACCAUCUACGAUACUACUUGUCUGUCACUCGGCGGCAAUGUUGCUGCAAAGAAGGAAGAAGAUCUCGUCGUUGUUGAGUCCGAGGACGACGUCAAUGGUGAGAGCGUUCGGUUGGAAAUGAAGCAGGAGCGUCGCCUGCAACGCGUUCGUACCUGGCUCACUGGGAUUGCCUUCACCAUGGGCGUGGUGGGUCUUUGGGGUGACAAGAAGUAA